AUGGGAAUGAUGGCGGCAUCACGCACGGCGGCUCUUGCUCAUGGAUUCCGCGCAGGAUGGGGCUCGCAACUUGUCCGCAAAUGGAUGCAGAGCUGGGUCAGAGAUUGUGCGAUGCCACAAUCAAAACGUUGUCGGCAUUCAAAACUGAAGACAAUCUUUGACGACCCGCUUGUUCUUGACGUGAUGCGAACAUACAUUCGGUCGGAGAAAUGGUCAAUGAAUCCGGCCAAACUCAAGUGCUUCAUGUGCGGCGAACUCGACGCGGAGAUGGCAAAGAAGUAUCACGAGCAAUUGAUGACCGAUGAGAUGCCACGUGGGCUCCUCAAACAUAUUGAAGAGGUUGUUCUGCCCCGGCUUCAGCUCAAAUGCACAGGAAAGGGUCUUUUGCUGGACACAAUGCGAAUCAGGCCGCACAUCCUCUGUGCACACAACAAGAUGCCAGCGCAAGCUCAUGAUGGAAAGAAAGCAAGUUGGAUCAUGGAUGGCGAGCAGCCAUUAAUCAAGAAAGGUCCAGGGCAGGGUCACCACCGGAGCAAGUGGAUAAAUUUGGUGGAUGGACACAUGCCCGAGGCUGGGGAAGGGAUGGACUACGGGAAGAAUCACGAGGGAUGGUGGAAUAGAGAGAAGUUUGUUGAACAGAUAAAGACGAAGUUUCUGCCUGCCUUCAAAGCCCGUCAUCCUGAUGCUGUUGCCGUUGUGCUGGUCGAUAACUCACAAGGCCAUGCAGCAUAUCCGCCAGAUGUGUUGCGAGCAUCACAGAUGAACUUUCAUGCAGGUGGCAAGCAGCUGCAUAUGCACGAUGGUUGGUUCAUGAAAGAUGGCCAGAGAGUCGCACAGAAGAUGAGCUUUCCAGCUGAUCACUCUGACCACAAGCUGCGCGGCAAACCAAAGGGUAUGCAGCAGGUCUUGAAGGAGCGGGGUCUGUGUCGCCAAGGUCUCAUCAUGAAGUGUGCAAACCAAUGUGAUGUUGACGCGACAGAUUGCUGUGCCUGGCGGAUUUUGGAUUUGCAGCCCGACUUUGCUGAGCAAAAAUCUCUUGUGCAGGAGAUCAUCGAGAACGCCGGUGUGUUGGUUCCACUUCCGGUCGCGCAAGGAUUGAUUUGGUCUCUGACAGGGCAUAUCUGCAUCUUCCUCUCAAUAUAUCACUGUGAGAUCAACUUUAUUGAGUACUUCUGGGGCGCUGUCAAGUGGUAUCUUCGCGAGCAUUGUGAUUAUACAUUUGCAACGCUCAAAGAGAAUAUUCCAAAGGCAAUGGCCUCGGUGUCAGUGGAGUUGAUUCCCAAAUGGGAGCAUUGUGCAUGGCGGUUCAUUGAAGCAUACAGUGAGGGGCUUGGCGCAAAGGAUGCUCAACGCAAGGUCAAGGAGUUUUCGAGCCGCAAAUACAAGUCUCAUCAACGGAUUCCCAAGCAACUGGCUGCCUCUUUGGAUGCUUGA